AUGGCGAAUAUCGCAAAGCUUCCAGACGACGCUCGAGCGAUCCGAAACUUCGUAUUUCCCUACAGAUCCUUCAUCUCUGCCAUCGCUUUCAUCUCGGUUUUUCUCUUCACUGCUCUCUUUCUCUUCUCUUCUUCUUCGUCAUCGAUAACCGAUUCAGUAGAUGUCAAGCUGGGUGUGGUUUCUUCUCGUUUUAAUCGCGUCCACUAUGUUCGGAGAUCCGUGCUUGCCGUGAAGUCAGAUCCCUUGAAACCAAGAGUGGAUCAGAUCCGGAAGCAAGCAGACGACCACAGAUCUCUAGCCCUCGCUUAUGCUUCGUUUGCGCGAAAGCUCAAGCUCGAGAACUCCAAGCUUGUUAGGGUUUUUGCCGAUCUAACUCGUAACUAUACAGAUCUGAUGUCUAAACCGUCUUACCGGUCUUUGUUUGAUUCCGAUGAUGUUUCGAUUGAUGAGUCUGUGCUUCGCCAGUUUGAGAAGGAGGUGAAAGAACGGAUCAAGGUUACACGGCAAGUGAUUGCAGAGUCUAAAGAGUCUUUCGAUAAUCAGCUGAAGAUUCAGAAACUUAAAGACACUAUUUUUGCUGUCAACGAGCAUCUCACCAAGGCUAAGAAGCAGGGGGCUUUCUCUAGCUUGAUUGCUGCGAAAUCGAUUCCCAAGGGCCUGCAUUGCGUGACCAUGAGAUUGAUGCAAGAGCGUAUUGAGAAUCCGGACAAGUACUCGGAGGAAGGGAAAUUUCCUCCGCCGGAACUGGAGGAUCCCAAUCUCUACCACUACGCCAUUUUCUCGGAUAACGUGGUUGCUGCUUCUGUUGUGGUUAAUUCGGCAGUAAAGAACGCGAAGGAACCCUGGAAGCAUGUGUUCCAUGUUGUGACUGAUAAGAUGAAUCUUGGGGCAAUGCAGGUAAUGUUCAAGAUGAGAGAUUACAAUGGAGCUCACAUUGAGGUGAAAGCAAUUGAAGAUUACAAGUUCUUGAACUCUUCUUAUGUUCCGGUGCUCCGUCAGCUCGAAUCUGCGAAUCUUCAGAGGUUUUACUUCGAGAAUAAGCUCGAGAAUGCCACCAAGGACACAACGAACAUGAAAUUCAGGAAUCCCAAGUAUCUAUCUAUGCUGAAUCAUGUGAGGUUCUAUUUACCAGAGAUGUAUCCCAAGUUGCACAGGAUCUUAUUUUUGGAUGACGACGUGGUUGUUCAGAGAGAUCUUACAGGGUUGUGGGCGAUUGACAUGGAUGGAAAGGUCAACGGGGCUGUUGAAACAUGUUUCGGGUCAUUCCACCGGUAUGCUCAGUACAUGAAUUUCUCACAUCCUUUGAUCAAAGAGAAAUUUAAUCCCAAAGCGUGUGGAUGGGCCUAUGGUAUGAACUUCUUCGAUCUAGAUGCGUGGAGAAGGGAAAAGUGUACGGAACAGUAUCAUUACUGGCAGAAUCUGAAUGAGAAUCGAACAUUGUGGAAAUUGGGGACCCUGCCCCCAGGCCUGAUCACAUUUUAUUCGACAACCAAGCCUCUGGAAAAAUUUUGGCAUGUUCUUGGACUUGGGUAUAAUCCAAGCAUCAGCAUGGAGGAGAUCAGGAAUGCUGCUGUCAUACACUUCAAUGGGAACAUGAAACCAUGGCUUGAUAUUGCCAUGAACCAGUUCCGCCCCCUAUGGACAAAAUUUGUGGACUAUGACAAUGAAUUUAUCCAGACUUGCAAUUUUGGUCUCUAGAUGAAAUUGGUCAUGCAUGGUUUCCUAUGCUGAGCAUGAGUCAUCAGAAAAUCAUGGAUAUGCUAAAAAUCAAUUCUCCCACAAGUAGUAGUUGGUUUCAUGAGGUCUGACGCAAUUGUUCAGACUGAUUAAAAAAAUAUAUGUAUGUAUUUUUAAUUCAUUGUGGUAGAUAUUUCAAGUUUCAAUCUAAUUGUUAUGUUC